AUGGCUGAGCAACGCAGAGGUCCUGGAAGGCCUAGAACUAGGAAUGUGGAACCCGAGCAAGCAGCUGGGAAUGCAGGCGUACCUUGGCAACAAAUAAUACAACAGAUGCAACAGCAGAAUCAGAUGAUGAUGCAGAUGAUGCAGGGUAUGCAGGGACAACAACCUCCUGCUCCAGUUCCUGUUCCACAAGCUCCAGCAGGGCCAGAUUUUCGUGCUUUCUUCAGAAUGGAUCCUCCAGAGUUUGCAGGUGGCUUAGACCCGGUGGUAGCACAUGAUUGGUUGGCUAGUAUGGAGAGGAUAUUCCAGGCAAUCCAGUGUAAUGAAGAAGAGAAAGUAAUCUUUGCUACGCAGAAGAUGAAGGGACCGGCUCUUAGGUGGUGGAAUACCGCAUCUACCUAUUUCACUACUCAGGAGAUCCCUAAGGAUUGGCAUCAUUUCAAGGCGGCAUUUCUGGAGAAGUAUUUUCCUAACAGUGUUCGGACCCAGAGAGAAAGAGAAUUCCAAAACUUUAAGCAAGGCAACUUGUCUGUUUCUGAGUAUGCUUAG